AUGCAUCGCGUUACUUCCUGGCCGGGCAUCGGCUUCAUUGUGAAACCGGAGACGGUGUUGAAGGUCGGGGAUCCCGUCCUGGAGCCGGUUCAGCCAUCUGUGAUCCCCAAGACUGUCUCAGUCUCAGGAGAGGUCAACCCCACCCCCGGGAGUUCACCACCUUCUCCACCUCCACCCCCCAGCUGGUUUAACCCCCGAGUCCAAGUUUGGUUUAAACCCGGCAGGAGUCGAGACUCUGACUGCACCUGCUCAACCUCACGAUGCAAGCAAGCCCUCGACGUGCGGCUGAAACGCCGGCUCAGCAGCAUCACACAACCAGACCCGUUUUUAUUCGUGUGCAGGUGCGACGGUCCUGCGCCUGAUAUCUUCAGGGCGCUUGGAUGCCACGAGCAGCUCGAUCCUCAAGGCUGCCAGGACUCUGAAGACCCCGAGGAGUAUUGUUAUGGUGGGUACCACCCCGUCCGGACCGGCGACACCUUCAACGGGAGAUACCAGGUGGUGUCUAAGCUCGGCUGGGGCUUUUUCUCCACGGUGUGGCUCUGCACGGACCUCAGGUCCGGCCGGCGGGUGGCGGUGAAGGUGCUGAAGAGCGGUCCUAGCUUCACCCAGGCCGGACAGGACGAGUUGGCUGUCCUACGAUGUGCCGGCGGUCCCGCGGGCCGCCACCCCUCCAGCCGAAGGAUCGUUCGGCUGCUGGACAACUUCAAGCUGGUCGGGGUCAACGGGGUCCACACGUGCCUGGUGCUGGAGCUGCUGGGCCCGGACCUGAGGAGCUGGCAGCUGUGUUUCGGGAAUCCAGGACUGUUGCAGCCUUGGGUCAAGCAAAUACUCACCCAGGUUCUCCAGGGCCUGGAUUACCUCCACACUCGGUGUAAAAUCAUCCACACGGACAUCAAGCCCGAGAACAUCCUGCUGUGCCUGCAGGAGCAGUACCAGGCGGUUCCAGCAGGGGGCAGCAGCUCCCGCCCAACACCGGCCGGGAGGGAGGCCAAGAACACAGGAAAGGAGCAGUUUAACCCUCACAGGUUAAAGGAAGUUGCAGUGAAGAUCGCCGACUUGGGGAGCUCCUGCUGGGUGUACAAGCAUUUCUGUGAGGAGAUCCAGACCCGCCAGUACCGCUCUCUGGAGGUGUUGUUAGGAUCGGACUACGGCCCCCCCGCCGACAUCUGGAGCGUCGCCUGCAUGGCCUUCGAGCUGCUCACCGGAGACUCGCUGUUCCACCCCGAAGCCUGCGAGUCCGUCUCCCUGGAGGAAGACCACGUCGCCCAGAUCACCGAGCUGCUCGGCAGGAUUCCCACCGCCGUCGCUCUGGCGGGGAAAUAUUCUGCAGACUACUUCAACCGCAGAGGUGAGCUGCAUCGCGUCGGUCCGUUACGGUUCUGGAGCCUCUACGACGUUCUGGUGGAGAAGUACCACUUCCUGCUGGAGGAGGCCUCCGGACUCUGCCACUUCCUCCUCCCCAUGUUGGAUUAUCAUCCGGAGAGGAGGGCCACUGCAGCCCAGUGCCUCCUGCACCCGUGGUUGACCUCGUCCAGCUCCUGAGGGCUCCGGGGGCCCCAGGGCCCCUCACGGCCUCUACGCCAUCUGCAGCCCUCGCCGCCAGAUGCGUUCAGUAGGAGGACCGAUGAUUUCAGGGCGUCUUGGGAGUUUUAUCCGGAGCGUCUGUAGAAUGUCACGUUGCUCUUGUUCAGCCUCGGAUACAUAAUCAUAUCAAUUCCCCUGAGCACUUUAAGCUGUUACCCUCCUUCUCCUAAGACCUUGUUCUUCCUUUUCUUCAUUAGAUUUGAAUGUCAGACCUUGAGGAAGCAGAUAAUUACGUGUUGCUAGUCCUGCACCGCCAGAGCACCCGACCAUUAUUGUGAAUGUAUUUUUAAAAAUGCCCUUUUCGUGUUUUUUGUACGGUAUGAUCUAAACCUUAACGAUUAAAGUCCCAUUAUAUGCAAAUUGGGGCUGACUGAAUUUUAU